CCGAGUCGUAUAUCUGUACGCUCAUGUUUUCUCUUUGCUAUUCUUUUCUCAUAUUUUAAAUCUCAGUGCAUAAUCCUUUGCAACAAAGGCGUCUCCCCCGAGUGCGAUCUGAUAGGGUUGCGGCAAGGCUGGAACCACCACUGGUGCCACCACCUCCGGCGUCGUUCGGAUCCCAAAGUUCAUUAACCUCAUGGAACCAAAAAUUAGUGUACAAUAGAGACAUCAUUCCCCUACAGCAAUGGAGACGCCGGCACGAGACGGUGCCCUUCUGCAUCGUAACCGUCAGAUGCAAAUUCAACAUUGGCAAGAACGAACGAGUCACGAGAUCGAGCAACAAGAGCAAGGCGUCAACUCAAGGUUAAUUCAGAACUGUCAAGAUGCGCUACAGUGUCUUAUACGACAUCUAGAUACCGACUUGGUUUCUACCAGAGAACACAACACUCUUCGUCGCUGUCUUGCCUCGUUGCAACUGUGGUCAGAUGGAUAUGGGGUAACCACUGGUGUUCUCGAUAACAUCCUUGACCGUUCAAAAAGCCUUCGACUUACGACUCUAUCGAUCCUCAACCCCAUGUGUAAGGCUCUUUCACAAGGCCUAAGAACUCAUGUGCUCUCCACGAAGUAUAAAGAAACGGCUGUAUCGAUCUGCAGUGCUGCUAGCGAACUCUGCAGUCAAACAGAAUGGCUUUUGGUAGAUCAUAAGGAUGACAUAAGUGACAGUGACAACGAGUCCAGCAACAGUGAUGAUGAUGCGAAGAACAACAUACGCGAUCUCGUCAAGAGGGUCAGAACGUAUACGGAUAGCCUGAUAGACUUGAGUACCGCAUUGGAUUGUCCUGCUCUGGAACCCGAGCCCAAAGACAGGCCUAAUCUAGUGACACUGGAGCAGCGCUCCGCACAAGACUACCACACCGAUCUGAUCAAAUGCAAGUUUCCACAAGCUGAAAAGCACUUGCUACAAAGUCUAGGUCGGACUAGCUGGAGCCGGUAUCAGAGAAUGCAGCAAGAGAGGGAAGCAAGUAUGCUCGCACAGAGUUCAUGCAGCAAAUCACAGGUCGCUGGAUCAGAAUUUCAGGACUCAGGCAUCGGAACAUCUUUGCCUCGAGACAAUUCUACAUAUGCAGAGACCAUCAUAUCGUUCAUGACAAGCGUAUCAGAAGGCAAACGGGUCAAUAUCCCUUCUUUGCCUGCAGAGGCAAAAGAGGGUCUGCCGUUCGAAUGCACCGCAUGUGCUCGACGUGUUCAGAUAACCAACAACCGUGAUUGGAGAAAACAUCUCUACAUGGAUCUUCGUCCUUACAACUGCCUGUUCGUCAGCUGUAGUUUUACGCAUGAGCCGUUCGCCAAUCGACAGCUAUGGGUUGAUCAUCUCGAGCUUGGACACGGGUACGGCCCUACAUGGGAAGCUGUGCAUUGCCCACUUUGUCUUGAUACCACAAAGAGUGGCAAGAACGCCAUCUUGGUCCAUUUCGCACGACAUCUGGAGGAGAUCGCUCUAACAUCUCUGCCUCGCGAUGUUGAGUCGGAUACCGAAUCAGAAAGGACCACAGCGACACGUGCCAGUUCUGACUUCUCACAUGAGGCCUCGCCCAAAAGCAACCUAAAAGGCGACCCUCAUGUCCGAAUCCACGAAGAAGCGAAGGAGCUUCUAGGUGGAGACAACAGUCUACGCUUACCACCCUCAAGGAUUCUUGAUGCACAGUCUGAACCAGAAGAUGGAAAUUGGACAGACAACAUCGGACCCGAUUUAGAAGCAAUGGGCACAGGAGAAGAAGCCAAAGCAUCACGCUCCACCGAGAAUGAUGUAGACGAUACCACACGCAUCUGCAACACCUCGGAAGGCGAUGGUAGACUCUUUUGCACGGCGGAUGAUUCUUGCAAGACCUAUUUCACUGGUCGAUAUCGAAAAAGAAAUUUACGACGCCACGAACGCCUUGUGCAUGGUAAAUAG